AAGUUGUCCGAAGCAAUCCGAAAUGGCAAAACAAAAAUCGUUACUUUACUUCCGGUAAACGUAGCAGACAUCAUAUGUCUCCCAUGAUAAUGAUUUCUAUGUGAAAAUCUUCGAUUGUUGUUGCACGUCAAUAGUAUUAGUUUUCAGGAUGCGUUCCUUACACGAAAGUUCAUUUUCCUUGUGGCAGAAGAUAUGUCAGAAAGUAAACCGAGCAGUAGUAUUCACUGAUGAUGCUGUCGCCGAGAACCUGCAUUGGAAUGGUGGUCUGACCCUUAUGUUGGAGGCUGGGGCCAUCAAUGUCAAGGAAUUCUCAUCAUUUGAGAGUGUAGAUCAUGCAUAUAAGAAGGCAGUUUUUAUUGUGAGCUCCAUGCUACAGGAAGUUACCAGUCGGGUGAUACAGAACAUCAUUGAGGCCAGCAAGCUUCAGUACGUUGUAGUUAUCACUGCUAUUAAUCCAUGUGUCCACUUGUUCAGUCGCAGUGGGACAUUUGAUGGAGAUGAAAAUCUUGUAUUUGAACGAUUUGAAGAGAGUAUACUGGAGUGGAUGGGAAACAUGAACUACACAGCAGAAGUAAGCCACAUGCCACUGUUUGCCACCUGCCUGACACCGAGCCUAUUUGUGACUCCAUCGUUUAGCAGACUGUUUCCACUGGUGUCUUCAGAUCUUCCUCGCCUGUCACUGCAGUACAAAUCUGUGAGGGGAGAUCAUAAGAACUUUUCAAGCUUAAAAGAUGUUGAAGCUGCUCAUUUGCCUAAAUCUUUACAAAUUAAGUACAAGAUGUUAGUUGGCAGUAUAGACAGUAUGCUUGGAGAGCUAGAUGUCCAGGAGGACUGCUUCUUUGUCGGUCAGACCAGUAAAAUUUUGGCAACAGAGUUAGCUAGUUAUCCUCCAGCGAAAAUCAGACGCAAGUCUGCACAAACCAAGGUUUCCUUGUUAUUGGUUGACCGUCAUCUUGACCUUAUGACACCAUGUCAACAUCAGUCUGAGGUGUUGAUGGACAAAGUAACCAGCAUUUUACAGCGAUUACCUGGUCACCGCAACGAUGUAAACGUGGACAUGACACCAUUGUGUAGGGUUAACAGUGAAUCCAAGGAAGUGAUAGCACCAGGGAGUUUGGCAGGAAGUAAAGGGCAGACAACUCACUCACAUCUUCUUCCACUUCUGAACUCCAAAGUAAAGGAAGGACUGAUGGAGGUGAACAGGUCACUUGUAGAAGCUGCAUCGACAGAAAAAUUACCUCUCAAGUUAUCAGGAAAACCUGGUCGUGUCACAGCAGAACAACUGGAUAAUACCCUAAAGCUAUUUAAAGGAAACUAUAAAGCAAUCUCAAAUCACCUAGAAACAGUUCAAGUUGCCAUGGCAACUUGUCAGUGUCUGAAGAGUUCUCAAAAUAAAGAAUAUGAGCUACAGGGUUCAACAGAGAAGUUGAUGAUGCAGAGCAUCGGGAGCGAGGAGGAACAAGGGCCAUUAUCUGUCCUCCUGAGUAAUCUGAAGGCCAUGCAGGACAAGCCACUGCAGGAAGUGUGUCAGUCCUUGGAUAGUGUUUUAACACAGAUUGUGUAUGUCUACUCACUCUUAGGAGUAGACUCGAGAUACAGGGAUGAGGAGGAUGAUAUCAAGAAAUUACUGGUGAAGAGAAUAGCCAAGGGAAAGGAUUAUCUGCCCAAAAUGACACAGACCUUAGUGGGAGACCUGGUAACAGAGGAGAUUGUAUCUGCCAUCAUAGAUGACAUGUUUGAUAAGCUAAAUGGGAUGAGCUUAGCCAGACAGAACUUAAAAUAUCUAGGUUCUGUAGUUGAUCCUAGUACAACUCUCAGUCCAGCUAAAGGCAAGCCAUUCUUAAAACAAGUGACGGAAUUGGCAUUUGACACUACUAAAGGAGACAUUCAAGAUAUUGAAUAUAUAUCUAGUGGAUUUACAGAUCUUUUAAAAUCCGGAUUUGGACUGUUUCGAACUGUGGCAAAGCCUAAACCUAGUGACAACAAGAUUCUGAUUGUGUUUGUGGUUGGCGGUAUCACAGCUACGGAGGCAAAACUUAUCAGGGAUACAGUUGCAUCUCAUAACAGUGAUACCCAGGUGAUCGUAGGAAGUACACAAUUGUCCAAGCCUGAAGAUAUUGUACAGUUACUGCUGUGUCAAGACAAUUUGAACCCUGACUGAUGAACAUUUAAGUGCUACUUUAAGAUACUUGGUAAAGUCUUGUUCAUUACAGGUAGAUAAUUCAUAUCCUGUAUUUUUUAAUUGCGAGAGAUCUGUACUUUAAAAAAAAAUGAAAAUGUCAACUCGAUGUUUACAGAUCCUGUACAGGAAUAACAGAUAUGCUGUAGUCCAUAUCUUGCUAAAGUAAAUAUCGAUGACACGGGGCCCUUGUAGUUUAUGAGGAUUUUGUUCUGGGUCUGCGUCUCCAGCUGCCUAGGAAACAUUGUAGAAAAAAUGUUUUGUUGCCCGCAGUGCAGGACGUAACCUAUUCUUUAAUUUGGAAAUUUUUACUUCCUUGGGUACCAGGCCGGAACUUUGAUAUCUCAGGGAAGUUACGCCUCAAACAUUCAAUGUUUUUCUUUUCAAUAUAAAAUGUACUUUAAUUUUAAUUUAUUUAGCCAAAAUUACUAAAAUAAGUAAAGAUGUGACAUUAGUGAUUCACAUUUUCAAAGUGUACCUAUCGGUUCAUAUGUAUAGCACCACUGUACAUGUGAUGUUGAAAAAGUUAAUGAAUUAAUUAAUUGUGAUAAUUAAUUGAAUAUCGUUUAAAUAUUACAGUGUAUUGUCAAUCUUUAUAAUAAACAGGAUAUUGUGAUUAAGAGGCAUAUCUAUUUUUGACUUUCAGCCGAUGUCAUUAUUUAUUAUACAUAUUAUGUAUUUCUACCAUGUUAUUGUGUGCCAAUUAACUUUUGACAAUAAAGCAAAUCGAAGUUAUAUAAAAUACACAGCAAUGUCAAUAGUCAUGAAAUAAAUAUCGAGAGAUAUUUU